UCUGGGUUAGAAAACUGGAAAAUCGUGUGCUUUUAUCGGCUAAACAUGUGCUGAAAGACUAGGAUCCUAGGGAUUCUAAGAAUAUUAGCCUAAUGAUUUUUCUUUUCAAGAUAUUUAAUUGUGAUAAAUCACUUCAUGCCUGAGUAACUUGUGUCAUGUAAUUAUUUCUUUGAGCCUCUUCUAGUAAAUGGCAGCAAGGAUUCAUGGAGGUAGGUAAAUAUAGCACAUAUGACGCUAUUCGACCGGCAAUCAGCCCUUGUUGGCCCUAAUGCAGGGACGGGAUGGGUGCCAAGGACGGGAUAGCUAAGGCUCAUGUAGAUCAUGACGCGGGUAACGAUCUGCUCAUAUCCCAGUCAGUAGUACGCGUCAGAACUGCCCCUUUCCCUUUUUUCAAAAAUGUCUUUCAGGGCUUGAUUUUUACUGCGAUAUUCUAUUGUAGAAUUUUGGUAUGAAACAUCUUUUUCGGGAUUUUCGUUCGUUCAGAAUUUGAGGCUGAAGAGCUGGUACCUAUUAGAAUGGUUUAGCCAUUUUUUUCUCUUCGUUUCUCCACAACAUAGCUUUUUAGUUAUAACUAUGGCACUCGUUGGUAGCCCACGGGGUUUGCGAUCUCUUGUUCUUCCAAUUGGGCUUGUUACUCUUGCUCUUGUGUUGGUGGCUUUAUACCGUGGCAUAGGCGUCAGCGACAAUUUCCUACCGAACCUUCCCAUGAUCAAUGGUGGCGGACCUAAGCAAGCUGGCGCCCAUGAGAAUCACCGUCCGACAAACACUCACCCACCUCCUAAAUAUAAACCUACACCUACCUUUGCCGCGCCAUCCGUAAUCGACCCGUUUCCUCUCCUUUCCCAACCGACGACGACACCCCCUCCUAUACCAGAGUAUAAUAUUCCGCGGCCUGGUCUCCAUCGAGAGUAUGGCCUUUCGUAUACGCCACCUCUUUUCAUCGGCUUCACACGCCAAUGGCCGAUGCUCUUGCAAUGCGUGAUCAGCUAUCUCACAGCUGGUUGGCCUCCAGAGUCCAUCUUUGUCGUCGAGAAUACGGGCGUACAAGACUCCAAUGCUCAAGGCAAACUCAGCCUACAGAACCCGUUUUACCUCGACCACGCGGCGUUGCGCAAGCUCAGGGUCAACGUCAUACAGACCCCCGUUUUGUUAAGCUUCUCACAGAUGCAGAACUUUUUCCUGUCGACUGCCAAGGCUCGAUCGUGGCCGUACUAUUUCUAUUCGCAUCAAGACAUUUUAGUGUUUUCGUUCGAGGAUGGACCUGAUACGCUCGUCCGUCCUGGUGACAGAGAGUGGUUCUUUUAUAACGAGGAGGAUGAGGCGGACAUAAUGCGGCCCGCCGCAGCGGGUCAGGAAGGAUAUCGAACUAUUUACGAAAACUGUCUUCGUGAACUAAACCGGACGUUGGAAUCCGAGGAACGUUGGGCCUUCCGGUGGUUCCAAUAUGACCAUCUCACCCUAGUGAACCGAGCAGCGCUGGACGCUGUAGGCGGUUGGGAUUCGUUGAUGCCAUACUACGGCAGCGAUUGCGAUAUGAAUGCUAGGUUGGAGAUGGAUGGAUGGACCAUGCGACAUCGUCGUGUAGGCAUUAUUAACGACGUGUCGACAGUAUUGGAGGACCUCGCAGUUUUGUAUCGUGAUCCAAACGUCACCCCUAAGUUCAUUGAUCCGAACCCGGUGCCCAAGGUAGACGAGAAGCCCCAAGCGAAAGACAAGAAACCAUCAAAAGAAGAGCAAAGCAAGAAGACCGAGAAGAAUCAUAAGAAUGGUAAGAGAGACCAAGAGGCGCAGGAACAAGAUGAGGAGGUCAAUGGUACUGCCAGUAUAAGUGUGGCCAGGUCAGUGGAGUACUUCAGAGAGCUUGUUAAUGUCGGCAACGAUAUGGGAGCAUAUAAAUACCGCGACGAUAAGAAUGCUCGCAAUUCGUGGCAAAACAGCCAGCACGGAGGAGUAGGCGAGCCUUAUUAUUAUAACCCAGAAGGGUUCUCGACUUCGUUCUGGAUUCUGGCUGAAGCUGGCCGUGAGAUCUUUCGCCAGAAAUGGGGUCACCAAGACUGUGACUUGGUGGAGGGUACAGCCUUGAAGUUAGAAGAUCAGUGGCUCGUUGAGAAGGACUGGGAGGAAAAAUGAGGAAGCGUUGGUGGACCGUACGGGUUAAAGCGUAUAGCUGUCUUAGAGGCGUUCUGAUUUUUAGGACGGAUAGGAUAUUGCGAUGAUACCACCCUCUAGAUCAUAGAUAUCUAGCAGAAAAUUAGACGUAAUUACGUAUAUAUAAAAUAGUAAUGCCAUACCUCAAAUACUGUUGCUAUGGCUUUUUGUGAGUACACAUCUAAGGCUGGGGAGUCCUCGUCCACGGUACGAUCAGAGGGAAUCUUUUUGGGGGCAGUACAGUUGUAAUCUAAACUUAAAAUACCUAUGUAAAUCGGGCCGGAACUUGCUUUUAGCGAUAUGACGA